AUGGGCGACGCCGCAGGGGACCCCCGCGAGCUGCGGCGGACGUUCAUCGUCCCCGCCAUCAAGCCCUUCGACCACUACGACUUCCCGCGGGCCAAGGUCGCCUGCAACCUGGCCUGGCUGGUGGCCAAGGCCUUCGGCUCAGAGCACGUGCCAGAGGAGCUGCGAGAGCCCUUCUACACGGACCAGUACGACCAGGAGCACAUCAAGCCGCCCGUCCUGCAGCUGCUGCUGUCGGCCGAGCUGUACUGCCGUGCGGGCAGCCUCAUCCUCAAGAGCGACGCAGCCAAGCCACUGGUGGGCCAUGACGCCGUGGUGCAGGCCCUGGCGCAGAAGGGGCUCUACGUCACCGACCAGGAGCGGCUGGUGACCGAGCGGGACCUGCAGCGGAGGCCCAUCCAGAUGAGCGCCCACCUGGCCAUGAUGGACACGCUGAUGAUGGCCUACACGGCGGAGAUGGUGAGCGUGGAGAAGGUCGUCGCCUGCGCCCAGCGGUACUCCCCCCUCCUCCAGGCCGCCGACCUGCCCUGCGACAUCGAGGACGCCGUCAUGUACUGGAUGAACAAGGUGAACGAGCACCUGAAGGGCAUCCUGGAGCAGGAGCAGAAGCUGAGGGAGCAGCGCGCAGCCGAAGCCCCCGGCGGUCAGAAGGCGCGGUACCGGAAGGAGCAGACGCUGCGGCAGCUGCCCUGCAUCCCGCUCGUGGAGAACCUGCUCAAGGACGGGGCGGACGGCUGCGCGCUGGCCGCCCUCAUCCACUUCUACUGCCCCGGCGUGGUGCGGCUGGAGGAUGUCUGUCUGAAAGAGACCAUGUCUUUGGCUGACAGCCUGUACAACCUGCAGCUGGUCCAGGAGUUCUGCCAGGAGCACCUGACCCAGUGCUGCCACUUCUCGCUGGAGGACAUGCUCUACGCCGCCGCCUCCAUCAAGAGCAACUACCUGGUGUUCAUGGCCGAGCUCUUCUGGUGGUUCGAGGUGGUGAAGCCGUCCUUCGUGCAGCCCCGCGUGCUGCGUGCACAAGGAGCUGAGCCUGCAGCGCCCGCCCCGGACGCCCGAGCCAGCACCGCGGACAGCUCCCCGGGCCCCGCGAGCGCGGGAGAUGUGUUCCCUCAUCACUUGUCUUCCAGACACGCGCGCCCCCAGCCUCCUGCAGCCUCAGGAGGAAUCCGGAGGUCCUCGUCCAUGUCUUACGUCGACGGCUUCAUAGGGACCUGGCCGAAGGAGAAGAGGUCGUCCGUGCACGGCGUCUCCUUCGACAUCUCCUUCGACAAAGAGAACACGGCGCCGAGGAGCGCCCCCAGUCGGGGCAUCCCCCGCUCCGUCAGCAACGAGGGGCUGUCCCUGAGCCACGGCCGCGCGGCCAAGACCACGAGGAAGAGCCUGACCUUCCAGCCCGUCAACGGGGAGGGCGAGGCGGGGGGCAUCGAGGAGGAGAUGGGCGACCCCCGCGGGGGCUUCCCCACCUACGUGCCCCACCCCCCGCCCAAGCUCGGCCCCGGCGAGAACACCCGCCCCCGGCUCCCCAACGGGGCGCUGCAGCCCGGCCUGCUCCCGGGCAAGCCGGGCGGCCCCGGCGAGACGCCGAGCAUUGAGGAGGCGCUGCAGAUCAUCCACGACACGGAGCAGCGCCCCCCGGCGGCCCCGCCCGGCCACGUCGCCAACGGCUUCUUCCUGCACAGCCAGGACCUGAGCCCCCCGCGCGCCGGCCUGCAGCUGCGCCCGCCCAGCCCCGACCCCCUGACCAGCCCCGCCGGCGCCCCGAGCCCCGGCACCGACGACACCGAGGUGGACACCGGCAUCCACGUGCCGUCCGAGGACCUGCCGGGCACAGUGGACGAGGACUCCUCGCUGCGGGACUACACCGUCAGCCUGGACUCGGACACGGAGGACGCUCCCAAGCUGCUGCGCGAGGCGCCCAGCCCCUGCCCCAGCUCCGUGAGCACCCGCUCGCAGCCCGGCAGCAGCGCCUCCUCCGGCUCCGGCGUCCGCAUGACCAGCUUCGCCGAGCAGAAGUUCCGCAAGCUCAGCCACACGGACGGCCGCAGCAGCGGCAGCAGCUCGCAGAAGACCACGCCCGAGGGCUCGGAGCUCAACAUCCCGCACGUGGUGGGCUGGGCGCCGGGCGCGGAGGACGCGGGGCCCGGCCGGGACAGCGCGCAGCUGCUGGCCUCGGAGGUGCUGCAGCUGCGCAUGCGGCUGGAGGAGAAGCGCCGCGCCAUCGAGGCGCAGAAGCGCAAGGUGGAGGCCGCCUUCACGCGGCAGCGGCAGCGCAUGGGCCGCACGGCCUUCCUCUCGGUGGUGAAGCGGCGGGGGGACGGCGCCCCGCUGCGCGAGGAGGCGGCCGGCGCCGAGGACGAGCAGGCGUUCCGCGAGCCGGAGCCCGGGGCCGGCGGGCAGCGCGGCCCGGGCCUGGCGGACAUCAAGGAGGGCGCGGAGGGCGCGUCCGGCCCCUGGCCCCCCUCGCCCACGGCGCCGCCUGGGGACCCCGGCGAGGAGCCGGCAGAGGGCGAGGUGCUGGAGUACACGCGCUCCAUCGAGAAGCUCAACGCCUCGCUGGGCCUCCUGCAGCAGGAGAUGCAGCGCCUGGCGCAGCAGCAGGAGGCGCUCAUGCGCAUGCGGGACCGCCAGGCCUGGGUGGUGUCCCCGCCCCACCCCGCGCCCCCCCGGCCCGCCCGGGACCCCCGGCCCGCCCGGCCCGGCCCGGCCCCCGAGCCCCCGCGAUCCGCGCCCCCAGCCCCGCUGCCCCUGCCCCGCAAGAGCGCGUCCUUCUCGGUGCGGACGCCACGCGCGCCGCGGCCCAGCGAGCUCAAGAUCGCGCCGCUGACGCGCACGCUGACGCCGCCGCGCUCCGUGGACAGCCUCCCGCGGCUGCGGCGCUUCUCGCCCAGCCAGGUGCCCAUCCAGACGCGCUCCUUCGUGUGCUUCGGCGACGGCGAGCCCGGGCCCGGCCCCCCGGAGGCCCCCGAGCCGCCCGCGCGGCCCCCGGGGGAGCCCGUGCCGGCCAGCGUGGCCGAGGUGCUGGCCCAGCCCGUGACCGAGACCGUGUGCCUGACGCCCGGCGCCGACGCCCCCCGGCCCGCCGGCCCGCCCGCCGCCGCCGCCAAGGGCGCCAGCCUCAUCGAGGUGUCGCUCUCGGACUUGAAGGCCCCGGAGAAGGCGGACGUGCCUGCCGACAGGGAGGACGGCGAGAGCGACCGGGAGCCGCCGGACGAGGAGCAGAAAGUGUGCUGCGGCUUCUUCUUCAAGGACGACCAGAAGGCGGAGGACGACAUGGCGCUGAGGCGGGCGGCGCUGCUGGAGAAGCGGCUGCGGCGGGAGAAGGAGGCGCAGCUCCGCCGGCAGCAGCUGGAGGCCGAGCUGGAGCACCGCAAGGAGGAGACGCGGCGGAAGACGGAGGAGGAGCGGCAGCGGAAGGAGGACGAGCGGGCGCGCCGGGAGUUCAUCCGCCAGGAGUACCUGCGGCGCAAGCAGCUGAAGCUCAUGGAGGACAUGGACACGGUGCUGCGGCCCCGCCCCGCGCCCCCCAAGCCCAAGAAGCAGCGCCCCAAGUCCAUGCACAGGGACCACGCGGAGCCCCCCAAGACGCCCACGCAGGGCCCGCCAGUCUCCAGCCUCUCCCUGGCGUCACUGAACACGGGUGACAGCGAGAGCGUGCACUCCGGCAAGAGGACGCCCAGGUCGGAGUCGGUGGAGGGCUUCCUGUCGCCCAGCCGCUGCGGCAGCCGCAACGGGGAGAAGGACUGGGAGAACGCGUCCACCACGUCCUCCGUGGCCUCGGGGACCGAGUACACAGGACCAAAGCUCUACAAGGAGCCCAGCGCCAAGUCCAACAAGCACAUCAUCCAGAACGCGCUGGCGCACUGCUGCCUGGCGGGCAAGGUGAACGAGGGCCAGAAGAAGCGCAUCCUCGAGGAAAUGGAGAAGUCGGACGCGAACAACUUCCUGAUCCUGUUCCGGGACUCGGGCUGCCAGUUCCGGUCCCUGUACACGUACUGCCCGGAGACUGAGGACAUCGCCAAGCUCACGGGCAUCGGGCCCAAGGCCAUCAGCAGGAAGAUGAUCGACAAGCUCUUCAAGUACAACUCAGACCACAAGCAGUUCAGCCACAUCCCCGCCAAGACGCUGUCGGCCAGCGUGGACGCCAUCACCAUCCACAGCCACCUGUGGCAGAGCAAGCGGCCCGUCACGCCCAAGAAGCUGCUGCCGGCCAAGGCGUAG